AUGGACCCCCACUCUUUUCCCGAUCCGCGCGCCCAAUUUCCCUCGCAUCACGGCCCUCGAGUAUGGCUGAUCACGGCGGGCGAUUCGCCAAUUGGCAUCUCGGUUUCGCGACAGGCCCUCGCGCAUGGCGACUAUGUACUGCUAGGCCUAGCACAUACGAUUCUUGAUCGCGACGAGCGCCGCAGAAAUGGCUUCGAUGCAUUUCUCGCCGAAGUGGAUGAACACCACGAUGAGGGGUGGAAGCAGCGCAUGAAGACGGUUCCUUUAGACAUUAGAAUGAUGGGUGAAUGCCAGGCGAUCGUUGCCGAAACCGUCGCUGCAUUUGGGCGUAUAGAUAUAUUACUCUGCUGCACCAGUCAAACUCUGGUCGGUACUGUCGAAGAACUCUCCGCCUCUCAGCAAACCAUGAACCUCGUCCGCGAUCAAUUCGAAAUCAACUACUUCGGUCCACUGAACAUAAUCAAAGCCGCAUUACCACACAUGCGAAGAGAGCACGCCGGACAUAUAAUGAUCCUAUCAGGAAUCACGGCGCAUAUCGGCACCCCCGGACUCGGCAUGUACUGCGCAGCCGGUUGGGCAUUGGAAGGAUUCUGCGACAGUCUGGCCUACGAGAUCGCCCCCUUCAACAUAAAACUCACUAUAUUCCAAUGCAGCAUCGAAAUAGGAAUCCUAACAAACCUAGUAACAAGCGUCCCACCAAUCUUCCCCGCCUAUUCACCAGCAAACAACCACGCCCCUCUCUUCCGCGGAAUCCUAAACCACCUCGUCCCCCGCCUCCCCGACGCCCAAUCCGAAGGCGUAACUCCGGUCUCCGCCAAUUCCAAUUCCAACUCCAACUCCCGCAACCGCGCCAGCACACACUCACAAGAGUCAUCAGAAAAUUCAAGCUCACGCGUCAGCUCAAUCGAAAACGGACCCUUCUCCGUCCCCGAAGUCGUCUCAAUGCAUCCACCACUUAGCUCGGCGCAUCUGGAAGUCCUAGUUUCCGAAACCGUGUACGCGAUCACCUCGAUUGGGGGCCAUGAGAAUCCGCCGUCUAGACAUAUUGUUGGUCAGGAGGGUGUUGCUAGUGUUAAGGAGAAACUUAAGACUGUUAGUGAGGAGUUGGAGGAUUUUAUUCAGGCUAGUUUUGCGGUGGAUGUUGCUGUUGAUUCGGAACCGACGCCGCUUGCUAUGGGGUCUUUUAGUGGGGGGGUCUUUAUAGUGAGAGGGAUGGGAUACCCAAGAUUCCGAAAAGAGGAUGAAGACAUUGGAAGAAAAGAGAAGACGUAG